UCGGUGGACCUGGGGAGGCGUGAAUUAGUUGGUGCAGGUCUCGAUAAGCGCGAGCUGUUUGGGUUCCCCGAGGUGUAGGUUUCACGCGAAAACGUGUGCACGGUUUCUUGCAACCUCAUGUGCUUUUAUUAACUUCAUUAUGUGGACAUUUCUAGCUGUAGCCGUGAUGGUCUGCUGUGCAUCAGGGCGGAAAGUACCCGAUUUUGGACAAAUGUACCAUAUAAAAGGUGUGAUUUCAUUACCCUAUGCUGAAAUCAAAGAACCAUUUGAGGGCUGGUAUGAUCUACAGGGGAAGAGAAGCAGAAUUGACUAUUACCAUGGACAAGUUUCCACUUUUCAGCUCAGCGCAGCUGGAGAUCAUGGUGUCGGCUACAAAAUCACACCUGUGACAACUGAGACUGAAUUUAAUACUAUGAAAUGCUUCCAAGUCAAUGGAAGUAAGGAGGAUCCAGUUCUGCCUCAAGCUGCACUGCCCAACCCACAGGGUUUUCAGUUUGAAUUAAUUGAAUACUUUGCGGGCCACUUGUGUGAGGUGUGGAAAAACGUCACUGUUGUUGGACACAAAAAGAACACUUACCGUCUUUGGGUGGCUCGGCCAGAGGGUGGAGUGUCACCGGCUAUCCCCUACCAUUAUGAAAUGAUGGGUUACAACACUCUUCUUGGUUCCCACUAUGACAAAUACCUCAUCGACUACAGUGACUUCAGCCCUAAAACUGACCCUAAAGACUUUGAUCUGCCUGCUGGCAUGAGCUGUGGGCCUUUUCCUGGUCCAGGAGUGACACACAGUAUAUUAGCCAAUCCCAUUCAAGAUCUGAUUCAUACUUCUCCUGUGGGCCAUGUCAAUCGCUUAUUUGGGCACUUUAAGGAAAAAUAUGAGCGUAGCUAUGAAGAUGAGGUGGAACAUGAAAAGCGAGAACAUAACUUUGUACAUAAUGUUCGUUAUAUUCACUCCAUGAACAGAGCGGGCCUGUCCUAUUCCCUGUCUGUAAAUCACCUGGCUGAUCGUACAGAGAAAGAACUGGCAAUGAUGAGAGGUGUGAAACUAAGGAAAACCCCCAACAAAGCUCAACCUUUCCCCACUGAACUUCGCUCUCUCACUCUGCCAGACUCCUUGGACUGGAGGCUGUAUGGUGCUGUGACUCCUGUGAAAGACCAAGCAGUGUGUGGGUCCUGCUGGAGCUUUGCAGCAACAGGAGCACUAGAAGGUGCAUUAUUUCUGAAGACAGGGGAGCGUGUGGUCUUGUCUCAGCAGAUGCUAGUGGACUGUACAUGGGGCUUUGGGAACAAUGGCUGUGAUGGAGGAGAGGAGUGGAGAGCAUUUGAAUGGAUCAUGAAACAUGGUGGAAUCUCUACUGCAGAGAGUUAUGGUGGAUACACUGGCAUGAAUGGCCUGUGCCAUUAUAAUUCGUCCUUCCUUACUGCUCAUGUGAAAAGCUACACUAAUGUCACCAGUGGAGAUCUAGAAGCUCUGAAGGCUGCGCUGUACAAAUUUGGUCCUACUGCAGUUAGCAUCGAUGCUGCUCACCGUUCCUUUAGCUUCUACAGUAAUGGGGUGUAUUAUGAACCAGAAUGCAAGAAUGGAACAGAUGACUUGGACCAUGCUGUUCUGGCAGUGGGUUAUGGGGUAAUGGAUGGACAGCCUUACUGGCUGGUGAAGAACUCCUGGUCCACUUACUGGGGUAAUGAUGGUUAUGUGCUUAUGUCCAUGAAGGACAACAACUGUGGAGUGGCAACUGGAGCCACAUACGUUACCCUGUCCUAAUGUAAAUUGUAAAGAAAGCUGCUUAGAUAUACUGUUAAAUUAGAUCUGAUUUCAUGUUUGACUAAACAAAACAGCAUUUGCCUCUUUGAAAGAAGGUAAUAUUACAGAUGUAACAAAUUGUAUUGCACAUUUUGACCACAGGGUGUCACUCAAGUUAAACGUUUGUUCAUGCUGUUCACAUCACAAUUAUAAUGCAGAUUCAUUGUACAUGCACUGCGGUGUCUGUGCUAAUGGGUUUCUGCAGGAAAUGCUGGGUAUUAAACAUUUUUUUUUUUUAACUAGUCUUUAGUCUGAGGACUCUUACAAGGUGGUACAUAAUUGGGACAAAUAAUUUAUGAAUUAGUUGACAUCCAGGUAUCCAAUGCUUGGAUGUCUUAAAUUUGUUUUUCCAUUUUUUUGGGCAUGUUUUGUUCUUUUUAUAAUUAAAGUUAUGUUUACUA